CUAUCAAAUUUAUAUUUUAUCACAACUUCAAUAUUAAUAUUAAUAACUUUAUUUUAUUUAUAUUUAACCAGAACAUUUAAUUACUGGUCAGUUCGCGAUGUUUUGUACAAAAAACCGACAAUAAUAUUCGGUAAUUUUAGUGACUUAUUAUUAUUCAAAAAAUCGCUACCGGAAGUAAUCAAAGAUAUGUACAAUUGGUUUAAUUCAUCAUAUUUUGGAGUCUUCCGUGUGCGCUCGCCGAUUUUAAUUAUCCGAGAUCCUGAAUUAAUUAAGCGCGUCUGCGUUAAAGAUUUCAAAUACUUUAUAAAUCGGGGAAUCCCGACAAAUACAGAGGACCAACUGUCCUGCCAUUUAUUUAAUUUGGAAGGAAACAAGUGGAAAAAUUUACGGCAUAAAUUAACGCCAGUAUUUUCAGGCGGUAAAAUUAAAAAAAUGUUUCCGUUGUUGCAAGAAUGCGGAGUUAUUUUAUAUAAAUUAAUUAAUAAAACGAGAGUUGAUGCUGCUGUUGACGUACGUGAAUUGGCGGUUAAUUUUACCAUUGACGUCAUUGGUAGCUGUGCAUUUGGAAUAAAAAUUAAUGCAUUGACUGAUGAACAAUCAGAGUUUCAUUGUGCUGUUAAAAAAUUAUCCAAGCAGAGUUACAAAAGUACAAUUUGGCGGAUACUUCGCACGGCGAUACCGCGGGCUUAUAAAUUAUUUAAAAUACAAAUAAUUGACCGGGAUGUUACCAAGUUUUUUAAAGACAUUGUCAAGCAAAUUAUUGCGCAAAGAGAAGUAGAAUAUGAGAGCCAGCAAAGAAGAAAUGAUUUUAUGGAUUUGUUAAUUGAAUUGAAAAAUAAUUGCCUGCAUGAUAAUGAUGAUAGUGAAGACAAUAUUGAAUUAAAUGAAAAUACAAUAGCAGCUCAAGCAUUUGUAUUUUUUGUUGCUGGAUAUGAAACCUCAUCAAAUACUAUAGCGUUUUGUCUUUACGAAUUAGCAUUAAAUUCAGAAAUUCAAAAACGAGUUAAAAAUGAAAUUAAAAUGACGAUAAAAAAUGACGGAGAAUUAACUUACGACUCAAUACAAAAAAUGACGUAUCUGGAAAAAGUAAUUUUAGAAACUCUGAGAAAAUAUCCGUCAGCGGCAAUGAUUUCCCGAAGAUGUGAGUCCACAUACGAGAUACCAAAUACUAAAAUAAAAUUACCACCAGGCAUGAGAGUAAUUAUUCCAAUUUACGGACUCCAUCACGACCCGAAUUAUUAUCCAGAGCCAGAUAAAUUUAAUCCAGACAGAUUCAGCGAUAAAAAUAUUAUAAAUUCCUCGACUUUUAUGCCAUUCGGCGAGGGACCGCGCAAUUGUAUCGGAAUUCGUUUUGCAAUGUUGCAAGUUAAAAUUGGACUGAUAUCAUUUUUAAAAAAUAACAGCCUUCAAGUUUCCAGUAAAACAACGAUCCCAAUAAAAUUUAGCCGCCGCAGUUUGGUUACGAGUAGUGAAAAUGGUGUUUGGUUAAAUAUUCACUCUGAUAAUUAA